UCUCCUUUCUCUGUUUUGGAAACAUGCCACCUCACUGGAGUAUCCGCGCCUACGUCCCGAAGCAUGUCAACCGGGACAGCAUUGUCAAGUGCUUCGCCGACAAGAGCACCGAGUUCAUCGAUGUGGCGACCGAGCAGGAGGCUGUUGACAUCGAGGCGGCUAACAAGGACCCGUUCUUAGUCUUUGAAGAGGACCACUUUAUCUUCCACAACUCACCCGAAGGAACAGUCGAGUGCAGCUACUGGUCCAGGAACUGUAUUACUCAGCUGGCUCACCCAAACUACGUUGGCAUCUGGAAUAGAUGCACUCGCGAGCAGGAUGGAUUGAAGACAGCUACAAACCCGGCAGUUGUCUAUUUCGUCCCGACCGGCUCCUCCAUUGAUCCCCCUAGUGAGCCAGUUGAAAUCACCAGCGUUCUGGUUUACUACGACAUUAUUGAUCUCGGGGAUUUCGUGCAGACUGUUAAAAGGAUGGUCAGCUGUUUCCAAGGACUGUUUGUCGUGGCAUAUGACAACAAGUUCAAGUGUGUUGAGGCGGAGGAUACUGACAACAGCAUGGAUGUCAGUGUGGAUCGUAUAGGCAAUUUCCUCUUAAAAGCUUGGAAUAAGCCAGAGUAUAUUAGAAAGUGCGCGAAGCAAGCGCAUUUUCUGAAGGAGCAUGGUCUCAAGCGUCUACCUGACGGACAGUUUAGACUCAAAGACUAUCUCGGUAACGAAGUUGUUGAUGGCGAGCGGUUUCGGCUGACCAGAGAUAUCAAUAGCUACCAUUCGUACUACGCGGACGAAAAUCGGCAUGAUGAGGAACCAAACUAUUCAGGAAUGGACAUGUCAGAUGGCUUUCUAAUGAUGUACCCAGGUGAUGACUCGAUCUUUACCAGCGAGACAAUCGACGACAUUGUCUAUCUCAAGUUCGAUAACGAGUACCUCUACUGCCAGGAAGGUAGUGAUUUUGAGAUAGAGCUUACACCAGAGCUCCCAGAGAAGGAAGAGCGGCUGCAUUUGCAGCACAACGGCACCGCACUGAUCCUGGCCCGCUGGGAUAUGUCUGGAUAUGCUAUUGAGGAUUGGCUUGAUCACAGAGGAUACAUAAACUUCGAAUAUUCGGAUUCACGGUGGAAAUGGGUCGAUCCAUUAGAUCUCCAUCUUGUCAAGUUAUAAAGUAGUUGGUUGGGCUGUAGCACCCAAGUAAAAGAGAAUAUAUUGGAAAAGGAGACAGACC